AUGCAGCUGUGCAGUAGUGUGCAGGCAGGAUUUUUCCCCAAAUGUGAAAUCACCCCCUGUUCCCUUGUCACCCCCAGGGUGCUCAUACUGGACUGGGACGUUCACCACGGCAACGGGACCCAGCACAUCUUCGAGGAGGAUCCCAGCGUCCUGUACAUCUCCCUGCAUCGCUACGACGACGGGCUGUUCUUCCCCUCCUCGGAGGACGCGGACUGCGACCGGGUGGGCCUGGGGCCUGGGCGGGGCUACAACGUCAACAUCCCCUGGAGCGGGGGCGGGGCCAAGAUGGGAGACCCAGAGUACCUUGCAGCCUUCCACUGGGUCGUCAUGCCCAUCGCUCGGCAGGUCAGAUCUGAGUGGGUUUUCCUUGGGUGGUCCUUGGCUCUGACUUUGAAAAAGCAGUUUGUGGUGAGUGUUGCCUGGUAUAAGCCCUCUCUCUCCGUCUCCUUUCUGUUCCAGGGGGCCACCCGGCUCCCCCCCGGGCCCGUUGCCGAGGGCGACCAGGAGGCGGGGCUGGAGGGGGCCUGUGGCGGGUCUAGUCAGGUGGUCUGCGAGGUCUUCUGCCCGGAUCAGGGCGUCGCAGGGGCCUCGAUGUUCGUGGUGGAGCCCCUGCCCUGGUGCCCCCACCUGGAGGGGGUGCGGCCCCUCCCUGCGGGGGGCAUCGACGUGCUGCGGCCCUGUGAGGACUGCGGCGCCGGGAUCGAGAACUGGCUCUGCCUCACCUGCCACCAGGUGCUCUGCGGCCGAUACGUCAGCGGGCACAUGGUGGCGCACGGGCUGGCAUCGGGGCACGCGCUGGUGCUGAGCUUCGCCGACCUGUCCGUCUGGUGCUACGACUGCGAGGCCUACGUGCACAACGAGGUGCUGCAUGAGGCCCGGAACGCGGCUCACUGCGCCAAGUUCGGCGAGGGAAUUCCCCGGACGGAGUGAAUCCUGGCAGGACGGCGGCGGGUGGACGGGGAGGGGGCCGAGAGAGAGUGUGAGAGUGGGGGGUGACUGAGCGAUCGUGAGUGAGAGGAGACGAGUUACUGCGUGAACCUCCGUCUGCACCAGCUGUCUCGUUCCCCCAUGGAGUGCGUCCAGCUGCACUGCCUGCCCUUUGCUGGGGCAGCUACACCCAGACCCGAAGCCUGGGUCGAAACAGGGAGAAUGGAACGGCCCCGACACAGAGCCAUCGCCCCAGAGGCACAACACCAAGCACCAAACCCAGCAUGCUCCAACACGCCGUGUUGGUGGACCUGCUGCAGCUGCUCGUGUAGAAAGGCAGCCGUGUUUCUGGGAGGGCUGUGGGACAGCUGGACAGACCCUGCCUUGUUUUUAAUUCAAUCCAGGAGGGGCUGUGCACACGUCAGCCCCACCACAGUCACCGAGGUGCCUGCAGCACCAGCGCUGAUUUUAUCUGGUUUUAAGCAGUGAGUUUCUUCUGGUGUGAAUGAGUGAGUGGCGCCUACUCUAUGCAGAGACUGGGGUCGUGGAAUUAUCAGUGUUUUUAAUGUUAUUGCUAUAAUUAUAAAUCCUAUUAUAAUGUCGUGUGUACUGAAUGACCGCUAAUUAAUUUCCUGGAUCCCUCCCAAACCGAACACAACAGAUCUUCCUUUUCCACUUCCGGCCGAUGUGCAGCUUUGAUUUUGUUCCCCUCUCGGUGUCACUGCUUAAACAGCCCCCCACCCUGGUGUGGUGUGUGGGCUGCGGACUCGCACUUUUUCUGUUUUCCUGUUGAGAGCUGCUGGAAAGCCGUUCGUGGGUCCAGUGGGGGCAGUCUGUCCUGUGAAUCGCGCUGGAACUCCUCGGUGUGGCGCGGGGGAGUGUGGGAACAUAGCGGCACCCCCCUUGCCCCCUCCACCUCCCAUCCCCUCCCGCUGGGGGAAAUACGGGACCCAGGCUUUGGGGGUGUCGUCCACCACCAGCUGACAGACUGUGGACUCUUCAUUUCCUGUGGCUCCUACCGGCUAGCGUUCCUGCCUUUAAAACUGGGAGCCGCCUGUCUCCGACACUGGUUAUCUACCGACUGAACAAAUCGCAGCAGGAGACCGAGACGGGCCUGUGUGUUUCCCGGGGCGCGCAGCCAGUGUUCGGUCAAGCUCUGGUAUUUACAGACACAGCCUCGUUAGAGCAGGGAGCUUGUUUUUCUUCCUGUUAUCUUCCCGAAAGAGACCCGGACCAACAGCAGUGCCUCGGAUUAGUCUGCCUACCUCGCCAAGCGUUAACUGUCCCACACGGGGUCUCGGGGUCUUUUUUUAUUUGCUGUCGUUUAUGAAAAGAAAAUCACUGUGUAAGCUAGGUGCCGAUUUUGUAAUGGGAGGUGUAACCUUUGUACCACACGCCUGUUGAGGUGCUGAUUUAUGUCACUGUGGUUCACCCAGUAUUAAAAAGGAGGUUGACCUUAU